UUUUUUUACUAGGGUUUUCCUAUACAUAUAUUAAAAUAUCUUCCUGACACACAAAUCCUAAACCUUGUGUAGUGUAGGAUCGUGUCCAGUGCAUUUGUGUGGAGGAACUCAUGUCAACCCGUCAUCUGCAGGAGUAACGCAGUAAAAGCUGUUUCACCCCCUGACAAACCCUGCCCUGUUCCUCCAUGAAACACGAUCCUUUGGAGAUUUGAUUUGGCAAAUUCUCAGGAAGUGACUUCCACAGAGGGACACAACUAGAUUCCUGCCUAGAUGUUUUUUUCCACAGCCUGAUUUAGAGGCUCCUUCACACAGUUUUCAUCUUUUUUUUGUUUCUUUUUUUGUUGUUGCUUUUGUCAUUUCUACCGCUGGAAAUGCAUUGGAUGCAAUGUAAUGUUUUAUACAGUAAGUGCUCUGGGCUUUGAGAUGAUCGUCUUCGGCUUUCUACUUCAACCUCCGUGACUUCAGUGUUACUGCAAUGUAUGAGAUGAUUAGUGCGUCAUUGUUAGCUUGUCCGUCUGUACUGUACAGACAACUCACCAAAAGGACAUUAAAGUAAUCCCAGUAAUGCAGUCCCUUGGCUUUUGUUAGGUACCCGCAAAGGGGGAUCCUUACGUGUUUUUUGGGUCUUGUAAAUCUCGGCACUGACAUUUUAAAAACGAGAUUUUCUUUAUUACUUCAUUGAGGGGUGACGUCAUAGUUGGUGGUUGUGAUUCGCUGCGGUCUCCUUAAGGGCGCUGACCCCAGCUCGGCUGGAGCACUGUGGCCUCGUUUCACUCCACAAAAGAGGGCUGGUGCAUCCUGCCCCAUGAUCCGCCUUAAACCAAGGCACAGAGACCCGUGCACACAGAAAGAGGCAGCCAGUUGGUCUUUACUGUGACUCUCUUCCUCCCUUCUCCCCGCCCACCCCUGUCAACUUUAGACGGAGUUGACCCAACUAGCAUUACAUUUAACCAGCACCUUUGUAAUGGCUUUAGAGCUCACGCAGGGCUUUAUGCUAAGAACUCAAAUUGCCAUGGCUGUGUGAAUAGGGAGGGGGAGUGAGCCUUUUGACUCUUUUCUCCUCCUCCUCCUGGGCUGUGUGGAGCAGAGCAGGCUGAUCCUGGGCUCUUUUACUUGGGGGGGGGGGGGGAAAGGUAGCAGGUGAUUGGGCCAUAGCCCCAGUGACAUAUAUCUGUGGAGUCAGGAAAACGCUGUGCUCAGAGGCAGCUCUUUCUAAUUAGCUCAUUUCUGCCCCACUGCAGUAAAGAGAGGAGAAAGAGAGGGAGAGCGGGCUCUACUUUCCGCUUCUCAGCUGAUACCGACUCGCUACUCGGCUCUGUUCUGUUCGGCUCUGCACUGUCUGCCUGUCUGAUGCAUGUUCCUCACUAAAAGCCCGGUUUACAAUGCUGUGCACUCAGCCCUAUAUAGGCUGCAGAGUUCGCUCAAAUUCACAGGUCUUGUCUCCCAACCGAAAGGUAAUCAAAGUGUAUAAUGAGGACAAUACAAGUCGAACAGUAGAGGUUCCCACUGACAUCACAGCCCGGGACAUAUGCCAGCUGUUUGUCCUGAAGAAUCACUGCAUUGACGACCACAGCUGGACUCUGUUUGAGCAUCUCACCCAUCUAAGCAUAGAAAGAAUCAUAGAAGACCAUGAAUCUGUUAUGGAGGUGCUGUCUGGUUGGGCCAUGGACACAGACAGUCGGUUAUAUUUCCGGAAGAACUAUGCCAAAUAUGAAUUCUUCAAUAAACCGCUGGAUUUUUUCCCAGAUCACAUGGUGUCCAUAUCAAGUGAAACCAACGGGAUGAUGAAUCAUUCUCAGCUAAUACAGACUUUUCUCAACUCAAGCACUUGUCCAGAGAUCCAUGGGCACCUCCAUGCCAAAGAACAAGGCAGGAAGUCUUGGAAGAAGUUCUACUUUGUCUUGAGGAGGUCAGGUCUCUACUUCUCCAACAAGGGGACAUCAAAGGAACCAAGACAUCUCCAGUUCAUCGCCGAGUUCAGUGACGGCGACGUCUACACGUUACUAUCAGCGAGAAAGAUACACGGAGCGCCUACGGACUAUGGCUUCUGUGUCAAGUCUACCAAGCGUGGCUCUCCACGGGACCUCAAGCUGUUAUGUGCAGAUGACGAGCAAACCAGAACCUGCUGGGUCACUGCCAUGCGCCUCUUUAAGUAUGGGAUGCAGCUGUACCAAAACUUCAUUCAACCACACCAGAAACAGAAAACACCUAUGAGAAGUAUCUCCGAGAACUCCUUGGUGGCCAUGGACUUCUCAGGACACAAGAGCCGGGUGAUCGAGAACCCCUCGGAGGCGCUGUCCGUAGCCGUGGAGGAGGGGCUCUCAUGGAGGAGAAAAAGCUGCCACCGUCUGAGCUCCCAUGGAAGCCCGUCCACCUCUCAGAGUCCCAUGUCAAACAUAGCUCUCCAUAUGGCCCAGCCCUGGUUCCACAGCAAACUGUCCAGAGAUGAGGCACACCGCUUAAUCACUCAACAGGGUCUGAUUGAUGGAGUAUUUCUUCUAAGGGACAGCCAAAGCAACCCCAAUACAUUUGUACUGUCACUGUGUCACACACAGAGAAUCAAACACUUUCAGAUCUUACCGGUGGAUGAAGAGGGGGAAUUGUUCUACAGCCUAGAUGACGGUCAGACGCGCUUCACUGAUCUGAUCCAGCUAGUGGAGUUCUACCAGCUCAACCGAGGAGUGCUGCCCUGCAAACUCAAACACCACUGUGCCUGGAUCACCCUCUGAGGGGGAAGGGGUCUCCAAGGGCCCCAUACAUACCUUUAAUCACAGCCAAUAUCCCUCUAGAGAACCAACCACCCACGCAUCCCUCCUUCCCUCCCAUGCCAUGGCAAAGGAGACACCGAGAACACCUCCAGACAUAAGCAAACUGAAACCACUUAUCACCUUCUAGAAUCCAUUCUCUUGGAGAAAACCGUGGUGAUCCAAUCUUUUGUAAUGACUUGUGUUUUUCACUAAACUAUGAAAUGGGUGUUAUGGUGAAAAAAAUACAUGACGACAUUGUGUCAUACGUGACCAUAGGUGUUGAGAAACCUGGCGUUGGAAAAAAGUGAAUCUACUGUAGAAUAUAUGUGACUGAGAGGGCUCUAUUGCGAGCCCAUUGGUUGGCCCUGUAUGUUAGCCCAGGUGUGGUGACGAAUCACAAACACCACGGGGACUGUGUGGAGUCCAAACUUCCGUUAAUAUACUGUAUACACAAUGCAAGCAUGAUCCACAUUGUAUCGGCUCACUUUACUACUCUCUAUGGGAAUAAACAUUUACUGUAGCCAACGGUUGAAACCGUAGAGCGAGAGCUGAUAUUUGACAGUGUGUGUUCACACCUCGAGAGUAGAAUGACCAGUGUGGUAUAGCCAUCAAUGUGCAUUAUGGGCACAGUUAAGCUGAACCUGGUAAUUAGUCAGUAGAAGGGGAUCACUGCUACCAGACAAGACGAGGCAUGAUGGGAAAUGUAGUAUGUUGUCUCUAGAGUAGGCUGGUGGGAAGAGCUAUAGGAGGAAGGGCCCAUUUGUAAUUGCUGGAAUGGAUUAAAUGAAACGGGGGGUGAACAUGUGGUUUCCAUAAGUUUGAUACCGUUCCAUUAAUUCCAUUCCAGCCGUUACAAUGAGCCCGUCCUCCUAUAGCUCCUCCCACUAGCCUCCUCUGGUAGGCUACUGUGGUCCUCUGGCCUUGGUCAUCUCCUGGGUAAGCGAAGCUGUUUUUAUCAAAUCUCAAGGAAUUCCGGUGUAUUUCUAAAAAAACAAACAAAUGAUUUUUUAUCUUCGAGGUAUGAGUAGCCGAGGAGAAUUCAAAGUGGUUUCAUGUUGUUUAAGCUGGACAUUGACCGCUGUAGGGAGAGCAUGCACAACAACAUGCUUUUACUAGCCUGCACUGUACAUUUAUUGGCAAUGUAUUGGUUGCAUUUGAAUCAAUAAACGGAAGGCUGCUCCCUUUUUGUUCUCGCAAGACCAGCAGAAGAUAUAUUUGACUGAUUUGAGAUUCAAAGAUAGAAAUACAGUAUAAUAUUGUGAUUUUUUUUUUUUAUUGAUCAAAAUCUGAAUUGUUGUACAUUGAAAUGAAUGUUUUAUAGUCUUUUUUUCUCUCUCUCAGAUUCAGGUAAAGCAUGUGCAGCACCUGAAAUGGUUACAUUUUGAUGUAAAGAACCAUGACUUCUAUCAUGUACUGUUUUGUUGCUUCAUUUUGGAAAUGGUACUGUAAUCAUACAGCAAUUUAUACAGACAGGUUUCACCAGUACAAUAUAAGAAAACAAGGUGUAACUUACUUUGAUACAAGUGACAAGCAAGACAUGUUAACAAUGCAUUUCACACAAUAUUUCUUUUUAACAUAAAGAACAGUGCAUUUAAACAGUAAUGAUGUCAUGGACUGCAAUGUUUUAUAAAGGAAGCAAAAUCAA